AAUAUAGUAAUAAUAAAUUGUUUUACAUAUUACAAAUCCCACAGAGAAAACCAAAGAUUAGUUCAGCUCGUCGGCUUGGGUUGAAGAUCAAGUUGCUGUACACAGCCCAGGAGAUGCUGGCAGUUGAGAAGGAAGAUAAGAAAAAAGAGAGAGAGACUGUCCUGAGCGAGAGGGUCCCACCCCUUAAACUCUCGGGUCUGUCUGUCCAGGAACUGCAGGAUCUCUGCAGGGAUUUACAUCAUAAGAUUGAUGUUAUUGAUGAGGAGCGCUAUGACAUUGGAGUUAAAGUGGGCAAAAAUGACAAAGAGAUUGAGGAGAUGAACCUGAAAAUCAUUGAGCUGAGGGGUAAAAUGAAAAGGCCUGCCCUGAAAAGAGUAAGGAUCUCAGCUGAGGCCAUGCUGAGUGUGCUGCUUGGCUCCAAACUUAAAGAGUCUAUUGACUUCAAGGCUAAUCUUAAGACGGUGAAGAAAGAGGAGGAGAAGAAAGAGGAGGUGACUGACUGGCGUAAGAAUGUGGAGGCCAUGUCUGGUAUGGAGGGCAGGAAAAAGCUGUUUGAUGCUGGUCAAUAAAAGAUUGUUAAUUCUGCACAUGGCUGCACUGUUUUACUGAAGAGGACUG